AAACUUCAAACAAAACAAUCUUUUCUUUUUUUUUUAUAUCCACAUUCUCCUAAACUUCAAUCUCUUUAAGAAAUGGAUCCGGUCGCUCAACUCACCACCACUUCCGAUGAUCACUCCAGAAAAACAAAGCUGGUAGUUGAUUUACUAAAAGGCAUCCAUUUUGUUACUUCUGUGGAGGCCAUUUCUCUUGGUGUUCAAGCUGGGAUUCAUCCGUGGAUUUUAUACGAUAUUAUAUCGAAUGCCGCUGGUAACUCAUGGAUUUUCAAGAAUUACAUCCCGAAUCUGUUACGAGGGGAGCAAAUCAAGGACUUUAUCCUCAAUGCUUUCGCUCAAAAUAUGGAGACUGUGUUAGACACCGCCAAGUCACUUACAUUUCCGCUACCACUCCUGGCUGCUGCUCAUCAACAAUUAUUAGCAGGCUCUAGACAUGCAGAUGUUGAUGGUCUUGAUGGUUUGAAGGUUUGGGAAAGAGUACUUGGGGUGCAAAUUAUGGAUGCGGCAAAUGAAGAAACUUAUAAUCCUGAACUUUUGGCAAAUAAGUUUAGUGCAAAGUCAAAACCACCUAAUAAAAUUGGUUUUAUUGGUUUAGGAGCAAUGGGAUUCGGCAUGGCAACUCAUCUACUGAGAUCCAAGUUCUGUGUCCAAGGAUAUGAUGUAUAUAAACCAACUCUAUCUAGAUUUACAAACGCUGGUGGCCUGAUUGGAAGCUCUCCUGCAGAAGUUUCUAAAGAUGUAGAUGUUCUCAUUGUCAUGGUCACAAAUGAAAUUCAAGCUGAAAGUGUUUUAUAUGGUGUUGAUGGGGCUGUGUCAGUUCUUCCACCUGGAGCAUCUAUUGUCCUUUCAUCCACUGUCUCUCCUGCCUUUGUCAGUCGGCUUGAGCUGCGCUUACAUAAUGAGAAUAAAGGUUUGAAAUUGAUAGACGCUCCUGUAUCCGGUGGUGUCAAAAGGGCUUCUGAAGGAACACUUACGAUUAUGGCAUCAGGUGCAGAUGAAGCUCUUGAGCAUGCUGGUUCAGUUCUUUCAGCAUUGAGUGAGAAGCUAUAUGUGAUAAAAGGGGGUUGUGGAGCUGGAAGUGGUGUAAAGAUGGUUAAUCAAUUGCUAGCCGGGGUGCAUAUAGCAUCAACAGCUGAAGCAAUGGCCUUUGGAGCACGAUUAGGUUUAGAUACAAGAAUCUUGUUUGAUGCCAUUAAAGAGAGUGAGGGAACAUCUUGGAUGUUUGAGAACCGUGGUCCGCACAUGGUGUACAACGAUUAUACACCCUUAUCUGCACUUGAUAUCUUCGUGAAGGAUCUGGGUAUUGUGGCUCGUGAAUGCGCAUCUCGCAGAGUUCCACUUCACAUUUCUACUGUUGCCCUCCAGUUGUUCUUGUCAGGUUCCGCUUCUGGGUGGGGACGCUUAGAUGACUCAGCUGUUGUUAAGGUUUAUGAGACACUAACAGGUGUUAGAGUCGAGGGAACACUUCCUGUCAUUAGUAGAGAAACUGUCUUGGAGUCUCUUCCAUCUGAAUGGGCAUUGGAUCCACUGGAUGACAUACGAAGAGAAGAUAACAAUUUAAAGACGCUGGUUGUUUUGGAUGAUGAUCCAACUGGGACCCAAACUGUCCAUGAUGUUGAUGUGUUGACAGAAUGGAAUGUUGAGUCACUUGCUGAACAGCUGAAAAGUAGGCCUAAAUGCUUUUUCAUUUUAACAAACUCUCGGGCUCUGACCUCUGAUAAGGCUAGUGCGUUGAUAACAGAUAUUUGCCAAAACCUAUCUGCUGCAGCGAAAUCAGUGGGAAAUAAUGAUUACACAGUGGUAUUACGUGGUGAUUCAACAUUAAGGGGUCAUUUUCCUGAGGAACCAGAUGCAGCCAAUUCAGUACUCGGUGAGAUGGAUGCUUGGAUCAUUUGCCCAUUUUUCUUUCAAGGAGGUCGUUUCACCAUCGAAGAUAUACAUUACGUUGCAGAUUCUGAUCGGCUUAUUCCUGCUGGAGAAACUGAGUUUGCUAAAGAUGCUUCGUUUGGUUAUAAAUCUUCAAACCUGCGUGAGUGGGUUGAGGAGAAAACUAGUGGACGUAUACCAGCUAACAGUGUUUCAUCAGUAUCUAUUCAAUUGUUACGUACUGGAGGACCAAAAGCUGUCUUUGAGCAUCUUUGCAGUUUGCAGAAGGGUUCUACAUGUAUAGUCAAUGCAGCUAGUGAUAGAGACAUGGCCGUCUUUGCAGCCGGUAUGAUCCAGGCAGAAUUGACAGGAAAACGUUUCCUGUGUCGAACUGCUGCUAGUUUUGUUUCUGCUCGGAUUGGAAUUAUCCCAAAAGCUCCAAUCUUGCCCAGUGAUCUUGGAAUCAGUAAAGGAGGGAGUGGGGGACUCAUAAUUGUGGGGUCAUAUGUCCCAAAGACCACCAAGCAGGUUGAAGUGCUGAAAUUACAUUGUGAUGAUAAUCUGAGAACCAUUGAGGUAUCUGUUGAGAAACUUGCAAUGAAAUCAGCGGAAGAGAGAGAGCAAGAAAUCAGUCGUGCAGCUGAGAUGGCAGAUAUUUACCUCAGGACUUGUAAUGACACCCUUGUUAUGUCCAGUCGGGAGCUUAUCACUGGGAAGACUCCUUCUGAGAGUCUGGAUAUUAACUUCAAAGUGAGCUCCGGGCUGGUGGAAAUAGUUAGGAGGAUAAAGACAAGUCCACGCUAUAUUCUUGCAAAGGGUGGAAUUACCUCUUCGGAUAUUGCUACAAAAGCUCUAGAAGCAAAACGUGCCAAAAUACUUGGGCAAGCAUUGGCUGGUGUUCCUUUGUGGCAGUUGGGCCCUGAAAGUAGGCACCCAGGAGUUCCCUACAUUGUCUUUCCAGGAAACGUUGGUGACAACAAGGCUCUAGCUGAAGUGGUCAGAUGUUGGGCUCGUCCCGUCAGACUUUCAACUAAGGAGUUGCUUACUGAUGCAGAAAGGAGAGGAUAUGCUGUUGGAGCAUUCAAUGUGUAUAACCUUGAAGGGGUUGAAGCAGUAAUUGCUGCUGCUGAAGAGCAAAAGAGUCCUGCUAUUUUGCAGAUCCAUCCUGGUGCUUUGAAGCAAGGGGGAACACCAUUGGUGGCAUGUUGCAUCUCUGCUGCUGAACAAGCAACUGUGCCAAUUACUGUGCAUUUUGAUCAUGGUAGUUCCAAGCAAGAACUAAUGGAAGUUCUUGAGCUAGGAGUUAACUCGGUCAUGGUAGAUGGUUCACACCUACCCUUUAAGGAGAAUAUCUCUUACACAAAAUACAUUUCAACAUUGGCGCAUGCAAAAAGUAUGAUGGUGGAAGCUGAAUUAGGUAGACUAUCAGGAACAGAAGAUGAUUUGACUGUAGAAGACUACGAAGCCAAGUUGACUGAUGUAAACCAGGCUCAAGAAUUCAUUGAUGAGACUGGUGUUGAUGCUCUGGCCGUGUGUAUUGGUAACGUUCACGGGAAGUACCCUCCAAAUGGGCCAAAGCUUCGGCUCGAGUUGCUUAAGAGCCUUUAUAACUUGGCUUCAAGGAAUGGAGUGUUUAUCGUUCUUCAUGGCGCCUCGGGAUUGCCUAAAGAACUCGUACAGGAAUGCAUAAAUCGAGGAGUUAGGAAAUUUAAUGUGAACACGGAAGUACGAAAGGCUUACAUGGACACCUUGAAAACCCCUCAGACAGACCUAGUCCACGUCAUGGCUGCUGCUAGGGAAGCCAUGAAAGCUGUAGUUGCAGAGAAGAUGCUUUUAUUUGGCUCAUCAGGAAAAGCAAGCUAAUUAAAGCAUCUUUAGUCUUUACACAACUACUACCAAUUGUUCUGCGGAUCAACAUUUAUUCGUUAUGAUUCAAUAAUAUUAGGAAAUUAUAGUAUAUUUAAAUAGCAAUAUGAAAACCCGAAACAUAAUGAAUAAGGGUUGGAGGUUGAACAUGGAAUUCCAAUAAUGUACCGAUCUAUCCUUGAGUUUUAGAUGUUAUGUGUUUGCCCUCUUCUGGAAUGAUAGGAAAAGUAUUUCAUA